UAGCGUCGCCGGCUGUGUAUGGUGGGGCGCGAUUCAACACGACAAACCAGUAAGAAGCCACUUUCCUCAGGACAGGCCAUGCAGGCGAUCACGCCCAUACAGACAGAGCCGCUACUGUCAGCCUACCAGGAUUCCCAUAGCUGCUUCGCUGCCGUCCUUGCGGAUGUCGACCGCCUCCUCGAGAAGAUGAAGGCCAGGCAGGCGACUAUGAAGCAACGCAUGGCCGACGACCAGCAGUGCUUUGAUCAACUCACUCAGGACACUCAAGAGCAGGAAGAUGCUCUGCCGAACGCACUGCGCUGAAUUCACUGACGUCAGGCAGCUGCGCAGAUGCAAGUGACAAAUUUGCCGCGCCACCGUGCGCUGUUGGUGACGGACACAAGACGGCAGUACACGGUAGAGUAGAACGAUAAUAUACUGGCUGUUGAGGACACCCAUUUUGGCAGGAGGUAUGGGUGAAUCAUCGGGUUGCUCUGGUACCCCUCACGUCUACUCUGUAUCCUGUAGGGACACGCAUACGACGAUAAAUUGCCUCCCCGUCAGCCGCCGUAGCCAAAGCUCUUAAUUUUGCGCCGCAUCUGCCUCACCUACCUUUGCGCACCAGUGGCAGCGUCCUGCAGCACUCGUCUUCUCUGUGAAUGAUGAACAGACGCGACAGAGACGACUCAGAGUUGCCACUGCGCUGCCCUGGCGCAGACACUCCAGGCGUGCCCUGAGGCAGUGCACUACCUCGAGGGAGACGAUAGCACACACUUCUCCGCAUCGACUGUGAAGUCGAGCUGCUCUCUGUGAAGGGUGAUGCGCUGCCUGAAGUGUCUUGGCGCGCACCCCUCCACGCCCAUAACAGUCGUGACUUCGCACCAUUUCAUUUUGCAUGUCUCCAGAAGCCGGACAUCACGGACGCCACGCUGUCUCCUCUGGCGUGCCGGUCGAUCACGAGGUCGAGUUUAUCGAGACUAUGGCGCACUUUCUCGCCUUUGACGACGCAUUUCUGGCAAAUUUGGAGUGCGUGGUGAGUCGUGGUGCGAAUCUGUGCUGCGGAAAGGCGUUUGUCGCUCGGCGCUAGUGAGCACCCCUGGGGUGACACUGGGGGUGCGCCUACCUUCGCGCUGUCGCGCACUCGUUGUAACGGUUCUCCGGUGCUGA